AUGAGUCUCCUCACGCAGGAGAUCAUCAUCAUGUGGGCCCUGACGGGCGCAAGCGUGGCCAUCAUGGCCUUUCGGCUGAUAAUGAACGUCGGCAAGCGGCGGAGGUUUGACAUGGGCGACUACUGCACCAUGGCCGCUAUUGUCACUCUCCUGCUGCGCUCCUCCGUCGAGAAUGUCCCUAUGGUCUGGGGCGACAACCAAGUCAAGAACAGGGCGACGACCACCUUCACCUCGCAGGACAUCUACCGUCUCAAGGUGGGCUCAAAGCUGACCAUGGUCAACCGGGUCUUUUAUACCGUGUAUGUCUGGUUACAGAAGUGCGUCGUCAUGUGCAUUGUGCAACAGCUGUUCCGAGGCACCAAAUCGCAUAGGUUCUUGCAGGCCUACUGGGCUAUUCUGGGAGUAACCUUUCUCGGCUCCAUCGUCUCCUGCUUCACCGAGUGUCACCCUUUCCAGCUGUACUGGCAGGUUGUCCCUGAUCCAGGUAAGACAACCCCCGUCGAAAACCAGCCAGAGCAUGCCAAUGGAGAGGGAGGGAUGUCGGUUUCUCUUCGUGGCACCAAGUUGUUGCAACACGCCAGUCAACGACACAGAGAUGCGGUAGUCUUCGUCUCCGCAAAUGCGCCAUCAUUUCUUCGCAAAUGCGGUGCCGGCAACAUCCAGCUCUUCGUCUUCUGCAUCCUCGAGAUUGUCACCGACGUGAUGCUCAUGAUCCUGCCCCUCCACUAUCUGUCCAAAAUCAACCGCCCCUGGCUCGCGCGCCUUCGCCUUAUCGGCCUCUUCCUCGUUGGCCUCGCCAUCGUCGCCGUUACCAUGACGCGCCUGAUCAUGAACGUCACUAAUUACCAGCGCUCGGGCGCCUCCCACAACAUCGCCAACAUCGAGCUCUUCUUCUCCGCCUUCGUCGCCAACGCUCCGCCCAUCUACGGCCUCAUCAACGCCAAGAUUUCGAGCUCGACCCAGCGGUCGCGCUCUACAAACAAUGCCGCGUCUAGUGCCAUAGCCGGCGGGUGGCAGCUCGACACCCUGACUUCCAUAUCGACCCCUUCAAAGCUGCAAAAAGCCAAUGUCGAAAAAUGGAACGGCAUCGCCGUAACGAGGAACAUCACGGUGACGAGGAGGACCGCCGAGAUGGACAGCGAGGAGGAGUUAAUCAUCCAGCAGCCGCCCAUGGCCCCAUUCUGA